CCGAAGUUCAUUCCUAUCGAACAACAUUCAUUCAGCUAUUCGAGAAGACACACCACAACCCUAGCUGCUAAUUGCUCUCACCCUACACGGAUCCCUUGGAAAAGAAGAAAAAAAUGGUGGCGACAAGUAAAUCCACGCUCCGAGUUUGUUGCAUAUCGGCAACCAUUAUCGUCCUCGUCACUAUAGCAGCUUUAGUGACGCUAGCGUUGACCGUAUUCAAACCACGAGAUCCCGACGUCGUUCUCUACCCGGUCGGCCUGUCCAAACUCCAGGUUGACGACUUCAUUUCCCAGGACAGCGUGACGAGCGAAAUGGUGAUGAGCAUUCGCAACAGGAACUACGCCAGCUUCGAGUUUGAAAACGCGACGAGCCACAUCAAAUACGACGCGAAGCUCGUGGGUCGGGUUCCGAUCGUGGAAGGCACCGUCCCGGCCAGGUCCGCUUUCAACAUCACGGCUCCGGCCGUUUUGAGGGCGAAGAGGCUUAGGGAGAAUCCGAAUGCGAUCAACGAUAUCGUCGGCGGCAGUCUGAACCUCACGGCGACGGUGACUAUGCAUGGGAAGAUGUCGAUGUUGAACCGCUUGAUCAAAAAGCGGGGAUCCGUCUACACCCAAUGUCACAUGACGAUUUAUAUCAGUGAGGUCCCCAUUCGCGGCGAAUCUUGGUGCUGGGCUAAGCUCGAGAUGUAAUUUAUUUUAUGGCUCCUUGAUUUGUGGAUCGGAAAUGUAUUCUUUCUUUAGUAAAUAAUAAUAUAAAUUGUUAUGGACGGACGUGUACAAUUACCGUUUGACUGAAAUUAAAUAAAUAUUUGGAAAGUUG